UUUUCCCAAGAUCAACGGUUCCCAUCACUCGGCAAAUUCGUUUUCCAUUUUCCAUUUACUUUUUCCCCUUCUCUCUCUCUCUGUCUGUCUAGUCUUUGGCUUUCCCUCUUCAGUGCUUUUUAAUCACAUCAUCAUAAACCCUAGCCUCCAUCUUUCUCUCUCUUUCUUUCUCUUACAAAGCCGGGAUUCACGUGAAACUCAGUCUCUCUAUUCUCUACCCUGAGCUUCUCUCUCUCUCUCUCUCUCUCUCUCUCUCUUCAUUUCUAGUUGUAGAGAGAGACCCAUCUUCUUUUUCCUCUUUCUCUUGGUAAAGAACAGAGGUCGUGGGUUUUUUUUCGUUGUUGUAUGAAUUUUUGGAGUUGAUCGAUCUUUGUCUGUACGACGUUGUCUUAUUUUUCUCUUAUUGGUUACUCACUACCAUGUUGUAAUUUUCUACACUAGUUUCCUUUUUGUUUUCCUUUGAAAAAACGAAACAAGGACAUUUCUAUAGCUGAGUCAGAACGGUUCGAGUUCUUCUGAAUUGUAGGUUUGGUUUUUGUAUAAGUAUCCUGGAGUUAUCCGUCUAGAUCCGCUUCCUAAAUGGAGGGUCGUUUCUCGAUUUUGUUUCUCUUCACGUUUCUUUGGGCUUACGGGGUGGUUUGUUGAGUGGGGCUUUUCGGGGUUGGUUUCUUGUCUCGACUGAGCCAGCUCGGUGGUUCUUGUGUCUAUCUGAGUCAACUCGGAACGUGCCCACUGAGUCAACUCGAUUGUGGUUAGGAAAGAUCGAGUGAGGUGUUAGGUGUAGGCAGAAUAACCUAACGGCGAUGCCUUCAGUGGGGAUGAGGCGGACCACAAGGGUAUUCAGGAUGGUGAAGAGCUCGGAGGUAGCCCGGGUUCUUCGUUCUGGGCGGCGGCUCUGGCCGGAUUCCGGUGAGGCCAAGCCCAAGAGGCUUGCUAAUGAAGGUGAUGAAAACUACAACCUGAUGAAAAAGACUUCGAAGAGUGAAGUAAACGGUGUAGCUGCUGAGGUAAAUGGGAGGCCCAAAAGAUUAGGCAACGAAGAGAAUUCAAGGAAACAAUCCAGGAAAAUGAAAGCUGGAGCCUUAAACGAUAGUGGGAGUGUAGAUAAGAUGUUUGGGGUUGUGUAUACUAGGAAAAGGAAGAGAAAUGGGGUUCAAAAUGGACAUCUCUCAGGGAAUUCGGAGCAGGAAAAUUAUGGGAAACAGAUUUCCAGAAGGCAGGCCGCUGAGAAUGGGAACAGCAGCAAGCGUGUUGAAGAGCCUAAAAUGGUUUCUUUUGUUGUGGAAAAUGGGGGUUGUAAUUGUUGUUUUUCUACUUUUUUGAUUUCGGUUUUGGGUUAUGUGAGAAGGGCGGAAGUAAGGUUGUCUGAGCUUGCUGCCUUUUUGAUGUCGCAGCCCAUAUCUAGUGUUUACGCUUCAAAUGGUGUUAAUUUCUUCUGGGGACCUCGAAAUAGAACCGGAAUAUGCAAGUUUUUUGGGGCCAAAGAGUCUAUUCCGUUGUUUUCUUUGGAUUUUUCUGCAGUUCCCCAUUAUUUUCUGUUUAUGCAUUACAGUAAGGUUCUUAGAUUCAAGCGUAUACAAAUAGUUCCUGUAAAUAGUGAUGAAACAGUGAGCGACAGUGAAGAAGAUGAACCAUGUGUAACUUCUGUUGUAGAUGUUUGGAAGAGUACGACUGGAACUGCUGCAGUUGAGAUUGAUAAUCUUGGGAGCAAAGUUGUUUUGCAUCCAUCUGUUAGAGCUUCCAAACUAACAGGUCGAAAUGCUCAAUGUAGAAAUGGUCUGAGUUCUCGCAGUAUUCAGAAGAGGAGGAGUUCUUUGAGGAGAAGGAGAGCUAGAAAUCCUUCUAUUGUUGGUAUACACAAGGCUAAUGGUGCUCUAAUGUCUGAUUUGAUCAGUAGUAGGAGAAAUGGCAUUCCUUUUUCUUCCGUAGUUUCUAAAAACAAGCUUAGGAGUUCAGUACGCAAUAGUUCUGUGGCAAACAUGAGUGAUGUGGGCUCUUCCAUAUCGGAUUUAAUUCAAAAUGUAGACUCAUCUCAGUGCUCUGCCAAUAUAUUGGUUGUUGAAGCAGACAGAUGUUACAGGGAAGAAGGAGCAAUUGUCACUUUAGAGCUCUCUGCAUCCCGAGAAUGGCUUCUUGUAGUAAAAAAAGGUAGUUCGACUAAGUUCGCAUGCAAGGCAGAUAAAUUUAUGAGGCCUAGUUCUUGCAACCGUUUCACUCAUGCUAUAAUUUGGACUGGGGAUGAUAAUUGGAAGCUUGAGUUUCCAAAUCGGCAGGACUGGAUCAUUUUCAAGGAUCUUUACAAGGAAUGUUCUGAGCGCAAUGUGCCUGCUUCAACUGUUAAGGCAAUCCCUGUGCCUGGGGUUCAUGAAGUUCCAGGUUAUGAGGAUAGACGCAGUGUGCCAUUUUACAGACCAGAUUUCUAUAUCUCUUUAGAUGGUGAUGAGGUAUCUAGAGCCUUGGCAAAGAGGACGGCAAAUUAUGACAUGGACUCAGAAGAUGAGGAAUGGUUAACGAAGUUAAAUAAUGAGUUUUUUUCUGGAAAUGGUCAUUGUGAGCAUCUUUCAGAGGAUUGUUUUGAGCUAAUGGUUGAUGCUUUUGAGAAGGCCUAUUUCUGUAGUCCAGAUGAUUACUCUAAUGAGAAUGCUACUGCUCAUCUGUGUCUUGAUCUGGGGACUAGAGGACUGGUUGAAGCUGUUCAUACUUACUGGCUGAGAAAAAGGAAGCAGAGGCGAUCAGCACUGCUUAGGGUUUUCCAGGGUCAUCAGGUCAAGAAAGCUCCGCUAGUUCCAAAGCCUUUUCUACGUAAAAGGAGGUCAUUUAAACGUCAGGCUAGCCAUGGAAGAGGCAAGCAACCAUGUUUGUUGCAAGCAUUGGCAGCUGAACGAGAUUCCAUUGCUGAACAGAACGCCAUGCUUAAACUUGAAGAAGCUAGAGUCUCAGCAAGCAGAUCUGUUGAGUCCGCUGUCCUCAAACGCCAACGCGCACAGUUACUAAUGGAAAAUGCGGAUUUAGCAGCUUACAAAGCCAUGAUGGCACUUAGAAUUGCUGAAGCUGCUCAAUUUACUGAAUCUUCAGAUGUUGCAGUUGCUCAGUUUUUUGAUUUAUGAGAUGUUGGGUACUCGUAGCUUAAUUGGGAUGUUUGCCGGAAUCUGGGUUAUUUAUUUCCUGGGAAAUCACAAGCUGCAUAGCUGUUUUUGAAGGCCCAGGGACAGGGAGGACGACUUUGGAAAAGGGUACUGUAAUAUUGUAUAGGUUUAAAUAGAAUGUACAUUCUGUAUUGUUGUAACAUCACACCAAAAUUUUUUGCCAGGGAAUUUGGUAGAGAAAUCUGAAAAGAAGAAGAAUUACAGGAAAUUGAGUCUUGACACAUCUUGAUCAAGAUAUUAAAAUGUUUUUAUCUA